CGUGAUUGCGCAGGGCGCCGCCGCCGCCGAGAACCGGCCGUAGCCCGGGCAAGAAUCGCUCGUCUCCUCUGGGCCCCGCCGCUCCCGGCAGAAGGGUCCCGGAUUUGGUGUGAGCAACAUUACAGGAGGAAAAUGACACACUGGUUUCAUCGCAAUCCUUUGAAGGCUACAGCUCCUGUUCAGUUCAAUUAUUAUGGGGUAGCUACCACUCCAGCUUCAUCUAAGAUUUGCAAUGAUUUGAGGUUAUCUCGGACACGACUGCUGGAGCUGUUUACAGACUUGAGCUGUAAUCCAGAGAUGAUGAAGAAUGCAACUGACUUGUACUUUUCGCUCUUGCAAGGUUUUAUCCUUUCACUGGAUGACUCUUCCCAAGAAUGCAAGCUGCGAUACAUUCAGAAUUUCAAGUGGACAGACACAUUGCAGGGACAUGUUCCAUGUGCCCAGCAGGAUGCAGUAUUUGAGCUGGUUUCCAUGGCUUUUAAUGUAGCUCUGUGGUACACAAAAUAUGCAUCAAGACUCGCUGGAAAAGAAGAUAUAACAGAAGAUGAAGCAAAAGAUGUUCACAGAAGCCUGAAGAUAGCAGCUGGGAUUUUUAAGCAUUUGAAGGAAUGUCAUAUUCCAAAAUUGAUUACACCUGUAGAAAAAGGAAGAGAUUUGGAACCUCGACUUAUAGAUUCUUACAUCAUCCAGUGCCAAGCUGAAGCUCAAGAAGUGACAAUUGCUCGGGCUAUUGAGCUGAAACACAAUCCAGGUCUAAUAGCUGCCCUUGCUUAUGAGACGGCUAACUUCUACCAAAAAGCUGAUCAAACAUUAUCCAGUUUGGAUCCAACCUAUGCAGGUAAAUGGAGGAAGUACUUAAACUUGAAGUCCUGUUUCUAUAUGGCUUACGCUUACUGCUACCAUGGUCAAACUUUACUGGCCAGUGAUAAGUGUGGGGAAGCAAUUAGAUCUCUUCAAGAAUCAGAAAAAUUUUUUGCUAAGGCUGAGGCACUGUGCAAAGAGUAUGGAGAAACCAAAGGACCUGGGACUACUGCCAAACCUUCUGGACAUCUCUUCUUUAGGAAGUUAGGAACUUUGAUUAAGAACACACUUGAAAAAUGCCAGAGAGAGAAUGGAUUCAUCUAUUUUCAGAAGGUGCCUGCAGAGGCUCCCCAGCUGGAAUUGAAAGCAAACUAUGGCUUAGUAGAGCCUGUUCCUUUUGAAUUUUCUGCCUUGAAUGCACACUGGACUCCUGAAACACUUGCUGCAUUUGAUCUCACCAAGAGACCAAAGGAUGACACUGCUAAACCAAAACCAGAUGAAGAAGUAAAGCCUCUGAAGGAACCAGAUAUAAAGCCUCAAAAAGACAGUGGAUGCCAGAUUUCUUAAGUGCCAUAGUGCUCUGAAGUUGAACAAAUGUUACCUGGCAGCUGAGGAGCUCCUGGAUCAGCUGUUGAUGUAGGAAGGCCUACCUCCUUUGGUGGUUGGGCCCUUGUGAAUUUCAGUCUAUAGGAAACAAAUCUGUACUGUGAUCAAACCUCAGUUCAUCAGAACCAGUUCUGAUGAGACUGAACCAAGCAGCAUUAUUUUAUGAAGACAAUUACCAUGCCAUCUUCAGCUUCAUGGUUUGUAAAUUUGUAUGUAACCUCAAGUUUCAGAAUAUUUAAACAACCUGAAUGUGUUUUGUUUCACCACUCAGAAUACUAAGUAUAGUAGCAAGAAGCAGCAUCUAUUUUGAAUGUCACUUCAAUUCGAUAUGAAUGUAAUAAUUAUAUAGAGAAUACUUUGGUUCUGUAGUAUGGCCACAGGGAAGUAACGUGAAUUGAGUGCAUAGAGAAAUUGUAAUUAUAAUGAAGCACCUCAUGGCUGUUUGGUUGUUUUUGUUUGGUUGUUUUUAGUAUUUAAGCACGAUUCUGUGAGCCUGUAUGAAGUCCUAGUACUUACCCAGUCCUGUGAGAGUGCAGGACAUUCUGUAUCCUCUGGUCAGGGACUUUAGUGCUAUGCGGAUUGCUGGACACUUCACUACAUUGCCAGCAGGUGGCAAAUGAAUGAGUAACAAAUGUAUUAUUUUCAGAGAAUCAGCUGGCUGUUUCAAUUUUCUGUAAACAUCUACUGGUGCCUUCCAGCCCCUGAGGGUUUAGCUGGGUUUCUAUAAGAAAGAAGUAGCCUAAGGGAAUUAGAUGCUGACUGCUAUGUAAAGCAGAAAGCCUGCAACUGUCUUUUUUAAUGCUUGCCUCAGCAGUAGCAAUUGACGCGCUCAUGUUUUGUGCUUUAUUAUUUCUCUCUUCUUCUUGCUCUGGUUUCUGUUUUAGCUGUUCUGAGUCUAAUACAAAGUUUGCAAAUAGCCAGAACUCACCCACAGUUCAAAUACAAGCAGUCCAUGCAUCCUGUGGCUUUAGGGUUGGGUUUCCUGAUUUCCCACUGGCCCUGCGUUGCUGCUAAUGCUACAAGGCAGGUCUAUCUGAACGGAAUGGAUUCCCUGCAAAAUCACUAAACACACAGAUUCUAGUGCCGGUUGUUUGUUUAUCCUGUAUAACACUCCUCUUUUGCAUCCGUUUUCAUGUCAUGAGAAGUCCCUGGUAAAUUCCUACAGGUGAGCUUCCUUUUUGAUUCACUGAUGUCAAAUAUUUUUCCAAAAUGUGUCUGCUGGAACCUUUACAGCUCUUGAAGCUUCAGAAGGUAACUCCACACUGAACUUCUGCCAUAAAGAGAUUUGGGACGUUACUCUUGUAAAACACAGCAGUGUUAACUUCACUAAUUUGUUUGCUGUUAUACUUUUUGUAUUCUUCCAGCUCUCAUCCAGUAAACAAGUUGCAUGUAAAAACACUGAAAAAUAUACUUCUCCCUAGCUGGCUUACAGCAAGAGAAAUAUAAAGAAUUAACGGCACGACACAAAAGUAAGUGCACCAAGUGUUUAAGAGAACAAAAUAAUCCUUAUGAGUAAUUUACAGCAUCUCCCGGUUUUGAUAUGAACCAAGGUGGAACUGCAGAACUUCAGCAGUCCUUACUGAGGUUUCUCCUGUUCAACUCCCUUAGACAACCAAGAAAGGAAAAUAAAUAAAUGAAUUUAGUAUGUAAUGUUCUUAAAUGGUAAGGUCUUGAGAGUGACAUCUGUGAGCUACUGUGUGUCACCCUUCCACUGUCCUGAAAUUACAUUUCCUGAGAUUCUGACCUUUCUCUGUGAUGCAGAGUUUUUUGUUGUUUGACUUGUACCCUCAGUAUCUGCUGCAUUAGAACUGUGCUCCCAGUAGAUACCGUUUGUUGAGCAGGAGGAGGAUACUACUUUCCAGAAGAAUGAGGAGGACAGUGAAGUUUCUGAUGGAGCAAAAUCUCCAAGGAUUGUUUUGCAAAUGGUGAGACUGUGACAUACAGCAUGGGAGAGGAGCAGCAGCAGCCUGUUGACCUGGUGAGCUCCCUAUAGUUUCUCCAGGAGCCAGCAGGGUGUGCCGCGGGAAUGAAACAUAGUUUCUAGACAUUACUGAGCUGAAAUACGAUGUUCUUACUAAAUAGAGAGGGAAAAAGUAUUUCGUAAAAAUACUUAAAGCUGAUCUCAUUUUGGUCUAGUCUUGGAAGAGAUUAAAACAGCUUUACUCUCCCAAGCACCUCCAGGUGGUGCAUCUCUGAAACACAUCUUUUCACAAAUUUCAGGUUUCUGUGCAGAUGUUGCCUUUCUUUACUAUCCUACCAAAAUACACUGUUUGUGGUGGGAUUCUAUAAAUAAUAUAUUAACUGAAUCUAACCACGGGCAACAAUCUGUGAGAGAUGGAUUUACACAAUGACAGGCUUCUUUGUGAAGUUUCAGAUCACUUCAUAUUAUGAGCUAGGUGAUGCAGGACUGUGUUUAGUGCAACUUCAUGGAUGAGCUUCUCUUUAGGUUUUAAAGCUUUCUGCUCUGUAGUCUUUGCUCUCCUGGGGGUCAUGUCUCUAGUUUUGGACAGUUUAAAUUGCAACCACUUCAUUUCUUUGUAAGUUCAGGUUUGUUCUUUUUUUGUUCUUAUUUUACCAAUGGACUAACUGGAAUGCAUUUGCUGCUUAAUUGACCUCUGACCUGCUGUAGAAAUUUUAAAAUGUAAGCAUUUUCUUCUGGCCAAAUAAUAUAAUCAAUCAACAAAUAAUUUAGAAUAGGCUGCUUGGUAUCAGCCUACUGGUCUUUUACAGUAGCCUGAAAGAUGUUUUCCUUGUCUCUGGGUACCUAGUGCCUUACUUGUGAGCAAAAGAGCAAUUAGAAAAUAGUAGGAAAAAACCUGGUUAUGACACAGGCAGGUAACAACCAGGAUAUGGUAUGUUAGGUUAAUUGUGUGCUGCCUUCACAUUUAGAGCAGUGUGGCAGAAUACACUUGCAGAAGAAUCCGAAUGGAGUGAUUAUAAUUGAGGAUAGGCCAUUUUGUCUGACUCCUGCCCCAGGACAGGUCAAAUCAUUCUUGACAGGCUUGUUAACUUUAUUCUCAAAGACUUCUGGUUAUUGUUACUGCCUCAGCUCACUUAGUAAUUGAUUCUGGUGGUUUGAAAUGCUUCCACUGAAAAUUCUUUAUUAAUGUAGAUCAUGCCUUCUACGUUUCAAGCUUCUCUCUUAUCCUAUCAACAAAUCAUCCUCUUUCAUGAUCUUUUCCUAUAUUUGACUGUUACCAUGCCUUCCCUUAGCUUUUCUAUCUGUAGACUAAACACCAUGCCUCUGCAUCUUUCUGCUUUGGUCUUAUUUCCUGAGAUAUUUACUCAUUCUUGCUGCCGUCCUCUGGACUUUCUCUCAUUUGUCCACAUGCUUUUCAAAUGUUGUCAUGCCCAAAACAGAACAGAAGCCUCCAGCUGGGGCUCACCAAGACAGAGUAGUGCAUAACUGCUACCUAAGCAGCUGUUUCCCAUCUUCUCUGUGUACAGAAUGAUAUUUUCAGAAAUUUUCUUACAUCCUGGUAGGAUUUUUUUCCCCCAGAAUGUUUCUUUUGUAGAUAAUGUUUUGAAUUGUAUUCCCAUUGUUCAUGCUCCUUGCAACUGUUUGUAAAAAUGUAUUCAUAGGUACAUCUAUUGCAUCAAUCCAUCUGUUAGUGAAAGUACCAAGUAUAGAUGUCCAAGCCAAAGCUUUGCUCUGUGUAUCCCUUUGUGCUGACAGUGAAUUAUUGGUAGCCAAUCCCUGCGUGCUCUUGCGCUAAAAAAACAACUUUUCUAAGAAAAGUCCAACCCAUGGCUGACCCUUUUUAUUUGAAGCAACACGAUGUUACUUAUUGUCAUUUCUCUUACAUUCACUAUGCUUUUUCCUAUAGUGAAUUUUUGAAUGAGCACCACAUCGCUAUGCAUAGCAUUAUGGCUGCUGCUUAGAUUAGUUAUUGUUUAUUACUGCAUGAUGUAUUGUAAAUUAAAAUCAUUAUUGUUAAACAGCAAAAAGGAUCCGAGAUGGUGGAAUAAGUUAUGUACUUACGGCUAUACGGAGUGUGAAUUCCAUCCUCUGUCUUUAUGCAACUUGACAGGCUCCAAUUACAAGAUCCUGCACCACCUGCCCGACCUUAAGAUAAUUGAAUAAUUGCUUAUUCAAGGGAGCAUGGGCUGUUUUUCAGUGUCUUUUAUACAUCUGUGCAGUCUUAUUCUAUUUACUGUGCUACGCUGAAAUGUAAUACAGAAUGGGGCCUUACCAUCUCCUCUUGGGUUUAUAAAGAGUGGUGGCAUGGAAGCAUCUGAAUGCUCUGCAUGUGUAUGUUUUUAUGAUACAAAGAUGAGUCAAAAUUGUCAGCAGUCAGCUAACUUAGAGUGUCCAGCUAAAAAGGUCAUGGGACGCUUAGCAUGGAACAUUGGGGAUAGUGUUCCUAUUGUGCACUUCUGUAGCAGCUACGUGUGGUCAAGGCUUCUGCCCAGGGGCUGUGGGUAUUUCAAGCCAGAGCCCAGCAAGCACACAUCAGGUACCUAUAAACAGUCAAAAUUCACAUGGGGAUUAUAUGGGAGUUCUAGCUUAGAGGCUGCUGUAGCACCUACCUUUCUCCAUCACCUUCAGGCUGCCUCUGCUAUACAAACAUCUUUUCUUCAUUUGCAUCUUCCAGGCCCUCCAUGGCCUUGGGUGGGGUUCCUAUGCACAGCAUUAUCCUUCACCCUGAUGUCCUGACCCACAGCAAAGGCAGUGCCCGCUCAGUCCCACUGAUAAUGAGGUGUGACUCAUGUAGGGAAAUAGAGGCUAUACAGUCUCUUUUCCAUUAUUCAACGUAAAUAAGGGAUUUAAUGAAAAGAUGCAGCAAGAAACACUCUGGAACAUGUCCAAAGUUUGAAUUCUGCCACUCAGCUUUCUUAUAACUAAUCACUCUAAUAUUGUCUUUUCAAAUAGUUUAACUACUCCAGGAAAAAAAAAAAAGGAACAAAAAAAACCAACAGUAUUUCUGAGGAUUGCCCUGUGUGCCUUCCACACAUGAAUCUUCUCAACAGCUUGUGUAUUUGAGCAUGGGCAGACAUUCCCAGGAACAGCAAAAGCUGGACCUGUGACCCCUUCUGUCAGUUCUCAAGGUGCUGAGACACUCUCGUUCCCCCACGGUUUAUGACUGUUAAAUUGUUUUAAUGUGAACUGGAGAAAAUCCAUUAUUUUACUCCUGUCCCUGUUUUCAAACAUUUGGAAGUCCCUUUCUUCCCCAUGUGGCACGAAAUAUCUCAGCACUAACAAAAAUAUUGUCUGAUAAGUUUGUGACCUUCAUUACUGUUUUAGAAUCAGUGUGACUUAAAAGGUAUAUUAAUUAGUAGGUAGUAAGUUGGGUUGGAGUUAAAUCUACUGCAUUUUUAUGAGAUGCAGUUGAACCCUAUAAUGGAUGAAACCGAAAUGAAUUCGUUCAAUUGAAACAUAGUGUGGAUAGCAAGUGUGGUAAGUGGGAUUGACUACCCCAGAAAUGCUGGCCAGCCUUCUGGAAAAAGAUUUAAAGGCAGGGUUAUGAAGAAGGUAAGUAAAGAGGAGGAUCCCAAGUGCAUUUCAGUAAUAUAAUAGGCUGCUCCCUGUGUCAUCUUGUUUGCUGAUCCUUAAUGUCCACAUGGGUGUGAACACAGCUGUACCAUUUUCUGCUAUCGGAUAAAAUGCCCUUUGCAAAAAGCCCCUGAGUAGAAGGAUGACAUUCUAGGUGUUAUUUUUCUUUUGUGGGUUUUCAGCUUUUGAACUCCCUGGAGGGUAACGUGCUGUACUUUAUGGACUGAAUGAGCCUAAGUACAAAUAUGCAGUAAAGGAGUACCAUAGAGGAUACAGGAGAGGAUGUGCUUUAUUUAACUUUACUCCUAUGCUUUAUGCCACAAGAGAUGUUCAGGAUUGAAACCAGCUUUUAACAAUUUAUUGUUGAAGUAAAUUUGGUUCUGUAAUGCAGUUUCAAUUAAAGCUAUUUGGAAGCUUCA